CAGAGCAAUGGCGCUGUCACGGGUCAGUAACGAAAUGCAUGGAGCCUUGGUCGGCUCUCAGCAGGCCCCUCUGUAAAGGUGUGUGUUUGUGCGUGUGUCUACAGCGCUUGAGGACAGACAGACGAGAAAAGCGCCCCAUUAACGGUCCCAGUUUCAUAACUGCAUUCGUUUGAGGACUGCUCCCGGGUUGAAAACGUACCUCGUGUACAUCGUGCUUGUGCGGAAUUACUAUACCCCCGACUACGGCCAGCGUAUAGUGCUCUCGGAUAAAUUAUAGAUCUACUGCUGUUGCAACACCCCGAACUGCAGCGCACUGCUCGUCAGCAUUUCUGAGCUACGAUUUCUACACCAGCAAGAGCUGACUCUAUUGGACUUACUUGAAUAAGAAGUUAACUGAAGUAAGGGCGCCAACUGGCAGGCGCUUUGCACCAUGGGAGUGCUAGGCCAGACUUUACUUCUGCUAUGGAAGAACUUGAUUUUGCGGGUUCGGUAUCCUGGAGUCCUGGUGCUGGAGAUACUAUGGCCGAUCCUUAUCGUGGGCAUUGUGGCUAUCAUGAGACUUGGAGUACCACCUUUCCGGGUGGGCAACUGCCAUUACCAAGCACGAGCCUUGCCCAGCGCCGGGCUGGUGCCGUUCUUACAGACGUACAUCUGCAAUCUGGACAACCACUGCUAUGCGACCCCUAACCACCUGGAGUAUGUCGACUACACAGCCAACAGUUUCAGUAAAAUGACGCAGGAUCUUGGGCCCUACUUCUCGUCCCCUGAAGUGCUGGAUGUACUGGCUGUGUCCAACAAGAGUGCUACUGUCUUUAUGACCAUGAAAAAUGUUUUGGGAGACAAAAAGCUCAUUGAUGAUCUAGCUGCUAAACAUUGCUGGCAUGCCUGCAUUCCGGAUUGUUGCCUGCGAUCCCGAGAAGCUGGGCUCCUACAUCAAGGUUUCUAAUCAGUCCGACAUCGCUCUCGUGUCUGCUUCGCUGUGCGGCAUUGAGGAAACCAAGUUACCCGACUUGGUCAAUCAAGUACUGAGACAAGUCAACGUCACUGCCAUCAUAAACUCCCUGAAGCUAGUUGAAGGCCUGAAGGCCAACAUGGGGGCAGAGUCUCUGGAAACCAUCCUGGACAGUGUGGCUGACAUGUUUGAGCUGGUCAUGUCCUCCGACUCACUCAUUCCUGUUCUUGUCAACUUUGCUGGGACGCCUGACAUCACAGACUUGAUCCGCCAAAUCCCCAGCUGGGUGAACGGAUUCACUGAUUUGAGCACUAGCCUUGCUUCCAUUCAAGGUGUUGUUGAUAGUCUGGAGCCUCUGAUGAAGACUGUAGGAGCCAAUGAUUCACCAAUAUGGCUUACUGUGAAGUCUGUUGCUGAGCUGGGACUAAACAUUAUCAAACUUGGAAGUGGAGAAUGGAAUGGGACUUCUGAGGAAUUUCUGAAGCCAGUGGGUGACCUGAUGUCACACCUGGAGAAUUUGAUAAAAACAGGGGAAGGACAGCAGAUGAUAGUUGUUCUGGACUUUAUCUCCAAGAUUAACUGGCCAAACAUCUAUGACCAGCUUGUUUAUACUGACAAUUUGGAUGACCAGACUGUGAUUCAUCUUUUGGAUUCCUUGGAAGAGAUGUUGCGCCAGUUUCCAGAUUAUGAUGUGGUGCAGAAGAUUUCAAGACUCGCUCAGCACUCACUGGAUGUUGUUUCAAUUCUCAUUGAUAUGUCCACAGACCUAAGAACUUCCCUCAAGAGAACAGUGGAGUCAAGUGAAGGCUUUGCAUCCAAACUCAACCAAAUCCUGAUGCGUGGCCCAGAGGUGACGAAGGCUCUUCUUGAUACCUUCACGCAGCCUCAGGUCCUCAGUGAACUUAUGGUCAACGCCUCCAGCUAUGUGUCCGUUUGUCAUCGUGUCAUGGAAGACGUUAAGCCCAGGCUCCCCUUGGAUGUUUACAUUGAUGUCCGAGACACAUUGUGUGUGGGCGAUAUCGCAGAUGAGAUGACCGUCAUCUUGAAUCAAUUGGGACUGCAUGAUAUUGGAAAUGUGAUCAAUUCUACUGCUGAGACUAUCAUGGGGCUCUAUGACGGUGAUUUUUACGGGAAAACAGUGAAACUCGCCAGUCUCCAUGGUCACGUGAAUCGUUUAUUGAAGGCUUUGGAAAACUAUGAUGUUAUGAAGUGGUCUGAAAUCUUCGAGAACAUGCAAUCAAUUGAUUUCUCUGAUCAAGGCUGGGAGUCUGUCUCAGAUAUGCUCACCACUGAUUAUCUCACCAGAGGCAUACUGGGUGCAUACAGAGGUUUGGGCACUGUGUUGGUUGGGACUCCUGUGUCGAACGAGAUUGCCCCGUACAUCUAUGCCAUGUCUCAGUUCACAAAAUCAGGUUACCAAAUGAUGCAGACUAUGACAACUACCUAUAGCGCUGACUCUUCAAUCACCAAACUGAUAGGACUGAUCACCUCCUACUUACCUGAGUUGGCGACUGGCCUGAAUGAUAUGUGGAAAAACAAUAUGGACAUGAUUUACCAGCUGGCCAGCUCCAGUGAUCCCCUGGGAACAUUUUGCGGCAACAAUUAUCUCGGUCGGAUGAACAUGCCGGCAUAUGUCCCGCUGAUGGAAAUGAACACAACUAUUUGUGAAACUAACUGGCCAGUGGCUAUUCAAGACCUGACACAGUCUAGCAUGGCAAUGCAAACCAUGAUCGAGGAGAUGAUUCGUAUAUUUGAAUCCCCUGAUCCAUCCUUGUAUGACGUGGAAAUGGACUGGAUAGACAUGAUGGAUUACACUGAACGAAUCAUGGAUAUGCUUUCAUCUGGGGACCUGGAAAAUGCUGACUUCACCAUGGGAUACCAGACUCUGAUUGACAACCUGAACUUCACGACUCUUUUCCAGGGAUUGGAGAUUUUUAUGGGAGCUGAAGUCACCAUGGAAGAUCUAGAAAAGGUUGCGGAAAUUUCCUACCGUGUCAUGGAAAACCUGGAGAAGACACAAGGGGACCAGUCUGAGUGGCAAAACGUCAAGACAGCUCUCUUUGUCUUUGACGGCUUUCUGGACUACCAAAUUCAGAUACUGCAAGUUAUGCAAAAUACUGACAGCAUAGAGAACCUACUGAAGACCUAUCCCCCAUCUGUGAGAACCAUGACCAAUCUUCUGGCCAAAGCCUAUCCAGAGCUUGUCCGGCAUCUGCCCAACUUGAUCCUGAAGCCUGAGAUGUUGCUCGACAAAAUAAUCAGGGAUGGAUUUCAAGAGCCAGACUGCCACACUUAUUUGCUGUCGGACUACCUUCUUCUGCCCCCCACUAGCUAUGUCCAUCAACUGGAGCGUUAUAUUUGUUCCCUGGACACAGACCAGCUCCUCAACAAUUUCACUACAUCCCAACCAGAAGCUGGUAUUUUUAUAGACAGGGUGUUCGUUGUCUCAUAUAAUACAUCUCUGAACAUUGUCAUAAACUGGCAAGAGUUGACAUCGAAGACAAUCAGACUUCUAGAGCUUCUUGAAUCAUCCACAAUUCCUGAGACCUUUGACCUGACCCCGUUCAACAUGACCCAGAUUGACCUGUCCUGGCAAGAAUUCUACAGGGCUGCUGAAACGUUACAGAACUACGAUAUGAACAAGAUAACGGAACUGUCGACCAGGAUUCAAUACUUGUUCACGCAGAUGAUUGGUCUAUCAGGAGAUGAUUCGAUGUUGACAAUGGCUCUCAACGCUAACCAGUUUAUCAGCUACCACUUCCUAAAAUUUACCAACACAAUACUCACUGAUUUCAACUCAUCACCAGUGAUUGUCCUCACUGAGUAUUUGAGAAUGGACAACUCGACAGAAUUAGCCAAAAUAAAAGACCUUCUCAUGUCCAGCCCUGACUUCAAUGCUGUGGGUGUUGCAACCUUACAGAGGAUUCUCACCCGGCCAGAUAAGGCUGUUUUCGACAUGGACCUUGGGGUACUGUGUGUGAAUAUCACCCAGUUCUCAGAAGCAUUUGUUGUCCAAGCCAGUUCUCUGGACCCAGCAAUACUCCAGCAAGCAAUCUGUGAGCUCCGCUUCAUAGAUAUCAAUGUGCUCUUGGAAGAACUUGCAACACAUUUGAAUGGUCUAGAGGCAUUUCUUAUUGCGAUGGAUGACCUGUCUCGGGCCAGGACCAGUGCUGACCUCACUGUGGAUCCUGCUGAUCUGAUUGUUGAGUACGAUUUGCUGAAUAAGAAUUUAGAAAAGCUGGUAACGAACCUGCCCACAUUCAUACUAGACAGAGAUAACAAGUUGACAGAUAUGUCAGUCUACGCAGCAGAGUGGGACAAAUUGGACAACAGUCUGCAACAGCUCGGAGCAAAUCUGGAAAACAUGACCUUUUUCUACAACUGGCAGUCGUCUGUAACCAUGCUGGUGUACAGCACAAUGGAAAAAAUCCCGGAACUGAGACAGACUCUUGUCUUCAUCGAAGUCGCUGUCGACCUGAUGCAAAAGCAGCUGGACCAGAUGACAGGUGCUUCACUAGCGGGCAUGAGACAGUACUAUAACACCAACAUAGUGUUAAAUCUUCUGAGUCAAGCCCCAGAGAUGCUGCAGACAGUCAUGUACACAGUUCUGACCCAUCAGGAAAAGCUUGAGAGAUGGCCACAGGCCUUAGAGUCAUGGCCCUCUUUCUGUGGAACCCCAGCUGACCUCAUCUUCACCGUGCCCCCGGGUCUGGCUUUCAGCAUGGCCCAGUUCAAGUCGGAGAUGUGCAAAGUGGACCCUGAAGCCUUUCUGCAGGAGCUCAAUGAAUACCAGGGCACAAACAGACUGAUGUUACUUUUUGAGAACGGGACCCUCCCUGCAGUGAGUUCUGCAGAGGUUCAGGUGAAGUUUGACAAGUUACUCAAGUCCUACACAGAUUACAUCAUGAAUCAGCCGGUCAGUGUUCCAGUGGACCCUUUCUCUCGACUUCUCAACACUACCCUUUGGGAUGAAGUUGGAGCUCGCAUCUCUGUUUGGUCAAGUCAAUCCAUGGACUUCUCCCCACAGGGAAUCUCUGGGAUUGUGUCGAACCUGCUGACCUCACUAGCUCCUGAUGUUGCUAGCACAAUCCUCCCAGUGUAUGACAAAGCCAUCGCUGUCACCAACAUUGUGCUAGAUCAGCUCAUGGAGAUCCUUGACAGCCAAACAUUGGCAGAAGCAUUUAAGGAGUCCCCGAGUCUUCAGUUGCUAGCUGGUUUGCUGGAUGAGCUUCCAGAACUGCUGGAGACUUUAAUCUACACAAACAACUUCGCUCCUCAAAAGCUUUCCACUCAGUUAACUCAAGUGAUGUCAUUUGAGUCAUUCUGUGCCAUCAAUCCUGAUGAUCUGUUUGAAUCACCUCCCAACUCAGUGCCAAAGUGGGACUAUCAGGCAUGGAUGGCUCGGCUCUGUUCUCUCAACAUCUCCAGUUUCAUGGAAGAAAUUGAUGAUAUCGCUUUCACUCGGAAACUUUCUUCAAUUCUGAACGAGACCUACAUGGGCCUGGACAACAUCACAGAGGUUGUACACAAGGCUGAAGACCUUUUCUCCAAGCUUGAAUCAGGCCUCGGCAUGUCUAACCGUUUGUUUGAUCCCGCUGUGUGGGCCCCUGUGGAGAAGCAGCUGACAUCUUGGUCUACGCUCUUUGACUCACCUCUUGGAUUCCUGCAAAGUCAGUUCCUGAACCCGCAGUUACUGUUCCAGUCUCUGUCAGGUGUGCCUGGGAUGACAGAUAUCUUCCGCUACAUGGACGCUGUCAUUGACAUGAUGAUUACGGGCAUGGCACAACUUGAUGGCAGCCUGGCUGAUGCCUUUAAGGACUACAGGACUCUCAGUGUCAUACUCGAUCUACUGAGGGAAGCUCCAGAAAUGAUUGAGACAGUUCUCUACACUACAUGGAGGCAGCCAGAGAAGGUAACAAAGUGGGCCCUAGCUAUGGAGUCAUUCCCAACAUUCUGCAGCACUCCAGUGGACCAGAUUAUGUCCGUGCCCUCAGGCCUUCAGUUCAAUGUGUCCGCCUACAUUGCCAAGCUGUGUACAAUUGACCCUGAUGAACUGAUGCUUGAACUCUCGCAGUACCAAGGAGUCGACAGAUUAACUCGAAUUCUCAUGGGCAACGAUACAUCGACGGUGAAUGUGACAGCUCUUCAGCUCAAAUAUGAACGCUUAAUCAACAUGAGUAUGAACAUUUUUGAAAGCCCAAUAAAUAUGGAUUUGUCAGAUCUUCGGAUUUUAAAUGAAUCCAUUUGGGACGAAGUGGCGGGACGCAUGGAUGGCUGGUUCAAUGACUCUUUGACAGAAUUAAUGUCUGUUGGAGGGGUUGCUAGUAUCUUUGAAGGGCUCUUUGGAGCAUACACACCGGAGGUGAAAGAUGUCUACGACAGACUUGUAGCUGCUGUUGAUGUCCUGGUGGAUGAAGUGUUGGGCAUUCUCAGAGAUUCUUCAUUCCAAGAGGCUUGGGAUGGUGUACCAUCUUUGCAGAAAAUUUUGAGGAUUGCCAACUAUCUCCCAGAAUUUUAUGAGACGCUAGUAUACACAAACCUCUAUUACCCAGAGAAGAUCACUGCAAGACUUGACGUUUUGCGUUCACUGGAAAGCUUCUGUCUGGCACCACCUCAAGAUCUGUUCGAGGUACCUCCUGACUCCAAUUUUAAACUUGAUCAAUGGCUGAUGGAGAUCUGCACAUUGAAUAUCACUGCUGUUGAGGAGGAGAUGGCUCUGUACAGAACAAACAAAGUAUUUAGAGACAUUAUCUCUGGAUACCCUGCUCCCCCUCCUGACGUGCCCUCACUGGUGGUCAAAAUCGAUCGCCUCUUAACUCACCUUGAGAAGGGCAUCCAACUGAAUGACAGGCUGUUUAAUGAAAGCAUCUGGACCUACGUCAACAACCGGGUGGGGUCUUGGUUGUCCACUUCUGACCUGGUCAAUGACCCAGCAGCGUUUUUGAGCAAGCAGCAAAUGUUAUGGGCUCAAGGGUCCAUUUUGUACCUGAUUCGAACAAACAAUACAGAAGCUUUACAUUAUGUUGAUGCUGUUCUAGAUAUCAUUGACGGUUAUACAACGGAUUUGCAAGGGGGCAUCUCAAAUGACUUACCGACCUUGAGAACAAUUCUGAGCUUGGUAGAGCAAGCACCAGAGAUGAUUGAGACUGCCAUGUACACCAUCAUAACACAGCAGCUGAAGACUGCUCGAUGGUCCACCGCUCUGCAGUCUCUGGAUGCCUUCUGUAACACUCCAGUGGAGAGCAUUAUGUCUGUGCCCCCCAACAGUCAGUUUGAUGUUGAGGAUUACAUCCAGCGACUCUGCUCUGUUGACCUUGACAAGCUUGUAAUGGAAAUUAACGACAACCAGGGAUUUGACAGGAUAGCCCAGAUUAUGGAAGGAAAUGGUACCAGCAGCCUCAACAUAACUGCUCUGCUUCUGAAGGCGGAUGACGUGUUCCGCUCUCUGGAUGUUUACUUCCAAGAUCCAAUGACUGCUGUGGGCUUUGACCUCAGAGUGUUUAAUGAGAGUGUCUGGGAGGGGAUUGGUCAAAGAAUAGAGGAGUGGACCAACCAACCUAUGGACUUGGAAACAUUGUUGCCCCAGAUUAUUAAAGGUGGCUUAGAGCAGCUGUUUGGAUCCCUAGCGAUGGACCCCCAGAUGAAGCCAUACUUGGACCAAGCUGUGGCAAUUUCCUCUGUUCUUCUUGAUGAGAUUGCCAUGAUUCUUCAAGCUUCAUCCCUGGAGGAAGCCUUUCAGAAUGUCCCAAGUCUCCGGAAGCUUCUGGAUCUUGCCAACUCAGUUCCAGAGCUGUAUGAGGCUUUUGCCUAUACAAGUGUGUUUGCCCCUCAAAAGUGGUCUCUGCGAGCCAGUUCCUUAACUUCACUUGAGGCUUUCUGCAAAACUAAGCCUGAAGACAUCCUCAGCCUCCCGCCAAACUCCACCUUUGACUUGAAUAACUGGUGGACCAAAUUCUGUGCUCUCAACCUCACAGAAGUGGAGAUGGAACUGGCCAGCUAUAGAACAAGCCGGGACAUCCAACAGAUUCUGACUGGCUCAUCUUCUGUUCCACCAAAUAUUACCUCACUAGUGGACAAACUGGACUCGUUGAUUCAGCGACUCACAUCUCAAGGUGUCAUGUUCAGUGACCGUGUCUUGAACUCCACAGUCUGGGCACAUGUCUACGACAGAUUGAGAGUGUGGAUAACAGAUUUCUCUGCUGACGAUUCUUUGAUAAUGUCUCCAACACCAAUCCUCAGCUCUAUGAAUGAUUUGAUAGAGUCAAACCCAGGGCUGAAAGACGCACUGAAACCACUAGGGCUUCUUGCUGCUGUUUUUGAUGAAAUGUUGGAUGUUGCUCUUAGACUGGAGAACAGAACUGAGUUUGGGGCCGCUGAUAUUGUUGAGGGCUGGUCAAACAUGCAGAAGCUAUUGGACCUCAUCCAGAUGCCAGGUUUUAUAGAUGUGCUUUCAGUAUCAGCUUCAGAGUUCUCAGCAUUGUUCACAGACAUGGCAAACAUCCAAGACUUCUGCAGUCCGGGAACUCCUGCUUCCAAAUAUUUAAAAGCUCCACCAGGAAAAAGUGUGGAUUUGUCAAAGUUGCAAGUUGCAUUUUGUAGCAUCAAUUUCACUGCCUUCAUGGAUGACUUUGAUGCUUUUUUCAACACUCAAAAUCUUGAUUCAAUUGCAAAUGGUGCGGAGGACUUUGAUUGGAGCCAGCUCAGUGUCAAGCUGAUCCGUGUGAACAGCAUGGUGGACCGAUGGGUGAAAAACCCACCUCAAUUUUUGCUGCCCCCUGACUGGCAGCGUACCACAUAUUGGGAGCAGCUUCUAGAGACAGUGCUCCAGCAGACAGAAGAUAUGAGUAGCUUGAGAAACCAAAUUGAAAGCAUCAUUAAACAGUUGCAACCCAUUUUGGCUAUGGAUGGAUUUAGAGAGACUGGACUUGUCCUCAACUCAAUUUUGGACAUCUUGAAUGAAAAUAUUCUGUCCAUGCAAAAUGCUACCUACACUCUGGGCAACGCAGUGAAGAAGAUUCCAGCUCUAAAAGACCUGUUCUAUUCCCUUGGACUAGAUUCAAGCUUCCUGGAAGCUGUUCUCAUGGCGCCAAUUAAGAAUGCAACUCUUGUGGCAGAAAUGUUCCUCUCUGAAGAUUUCAUGACAGAAUUUUGUGUCACCAAUAAAUGGAAUGAGUUUUUGGAUCUCCCAGCCAAUUUUGACACAACAUCCUUGUACAGCGCUAUUUGUUCAGGCAAUGCAGAUGUUUUACUUUCAAACUUGACAAACACUUUCAAUCUAAACUCUAUGGUUGCUGCUUUGAGGGACAGCAAGGCACAUGCUGACUGGGAUCAGGUGGCUGAUAAAAUUCUCACUCUGAUCGACAAUUUGGAAGCUCUGAUGAAAAACCCUCCCGUGUUUACCUCAGACGCCACCCUUGAUGCUGUCAUCAGCAGCUACAGUGAUACAGACAGACUGUGGAAGAUGCUCUCUGCUCUCUCAGCUUUAGAAUCUGGUAUGGAUCCUGCCCUAGAAGGCACUGUUGGAGGUAUCUUUAGAAUUGGAGAUGCUCUUCUGAACUACCUGAAUCAGUUGAUGGCUCGUCUACAGCUGCAAAAUGGAAGGCUUGAUCUUGCCGCAUUGUUCAAGGAUGUACCUGAGGUGGUUGCCAUCAUUGAUGGCUUCCUGAGUCUGGAACCUGAUCCCAUCACUGGGCUCCUGGCUGUUCAGUUGGAUGCCUCUAAGGCUCAGCAAUGGAUAGCUGCAACUACUGACCCCUCACGUCUCACGAAGCUCUUCUGUGAUGAAUCAGAGUUCAGAAAACUGUUCAAAGUCAAGCCCGGAUUCAAUGUCACGGAACUGCUGAAUUCACUCUGUGGUAUGAAUUUUGAUACUGUUGCAGAGAAACUAGCAUCCUCUUUCAACAUCAUGGAUUUGGAGGAAAAACUGAUGAAUUCCUUUAACAGUACAAGUCCAUUUAACUCGGAGGAAUUUAUGAGGAACAUUGACUCACUGAUAUCAAAGAUUGAAAACCUGACUCAGGUAGAUUACAUCAUGUUUGGUGACCAUGAUCUUGAAAAUGUCUUGAUGGUCAACGAGUCACGUCUGAUGGAACUGUUGACUGAUGAUUGUACAGCCGAUUGUUUACUGGACAGCUUCACUAAGAACUACCUGAGCAUUACUACUUCCAUACUAAAUGAUGUACUCAGAGGAAUGAGCAAUGUUACCGAAGUCAAGACGUUGAAUUUUGCUCUGCGUUUCAUACGGUUGUACCUACAGAAUUUCAAUGCAUUCCUGACAUCAAUUGAAGGUCAACCAAUAAACCUGGCAGUCUUGCUGAAUAACACAGAGGUUGGAAAGAUCAUCAAACCAAUCCUGGCUGAUCCAAACAUCCUCAAUAAAAUUCUCAGCGCAGAAGUUGAUGUCAAGGAAUUGUCUCGUGUGAUGAGAACUUCCAACCCUGUAGAUGUCCUGUGUGGAGAUGGUCUAUGGUCAGUUGUCAAAGUGGCUGUGAGCGAGAGGCAGUCUCUCCAAGAGCUUCAGUCUCAGACUUGCACUUCUAACCAAACAGAGUUGCUGUGGCAGUCUAUCAUGUUACAGGCAAAUGGUUAUGAGAUUUAUCGUCAGAUGGAGGUCAUCCAGAAGGAACUAGAGGAAGGGAGAAGCAGUUUGGACAGCCUUGCCACUGGUCAGGAAAUGGAGAAAUUUGUGAACCUCUUGACCACCAUCAUCAACCAAUACUUGGACGGCAGCCGCUCUAUCGAGGACCUACUGGACCUGAAGAGCUUCCAGGACUCCCUGUCAAGAGCUGAGACUCAGCUGGCUCGGACACUGAUGGAUCAAGCAGCAAAGUGGUCUUUGGACAUCACUGACAUUCUCCUGCCCUCUGUGCUGGACCAAGGCACAUACCAGAACGUUGCAAAGACCAUCAACUCGGCCAAUGUGCUCAUGGAUGUGGCAAUAGAGCAUCUCAAAGCUAUACAAAGUGGCUCGAUUAGUGUUUCCACUUUGUUGAACAAUGCUGAUGGCUUGGCACAGCUCAUAGAGGCAUACAUGCGAAUGGGAAAGAACAUUGCCCAAGCAUGGCUCAACAACGAAAUUGAUCUUGCAAAGCUGAUUGGACUCUUCCAAGAUAUGGACAGGACUGGGGUGUUAUGUGGUCAGCCUGGGGGAGUGGCCGCAGAACUGACAGGCCAGCCCACUCCUAGCAACACCGUGAAAGACGUGUCCACAGUCAUCUGCUCUACCGUCACAGACACUGUCAUGUCAGAGAUUGAGAACUUUGUGGAUUAUGACAAGUUGCGGGCUCAGCUGACAGAGAUUUGGAGCAACUCAAGCAUCACUCCCGACAUUACUGGCUUCUCACAAAAUGUUCAAGAGUUUGCUUCAGUUGUAGAGGCAAUAGCCAACUCAUCACUUGCAGUCAGCUCAAAACUCCAGGACCUUUUUGAUUUCUCCCAAACUUUGAACUACCUGGAAGACAUUGCUACAAACCCUGCACAAAUUUUCCGGCUCCUUCAGCUGGCUGGCCUUGCACUGGAAGGUCCUCUGCAACAGGAGCCAGAAGCCAUGGAGAUCAUGUCUGCACUGAACACUUUUGCUGUAAUGCCCAUUGUGGAUAUUCUAGAGGCUCUAAAAGCAAAUGGCAUGACUCUAGAAACGAUUGUGCAAGACCCUGAGAGCUUGUUGAAUCUUGCUUCUACUCUGCUCGAUUUUGACCUUCAUUACUCAGUGAUUGAAACUGUCUACCUAUCCUCACAGGUGAAGCGUUUGGAAGCCAACAUUGGAGAUAUCUGCAGAAAUGUGAUAAGUACAGAACCAGUGCACUCAAAUUCAAAUUUGACCGUUGGAGAUGUAUUCUGCUCCCUUCAACCUUCCAAGUGGCUACCAAAGUUGAAAGAAGCAGGACUCUCACAAGCAGAAAUCAUUCUGUUAUUUGAGAAGAUAUCGUCUCUGAAUGGAAGGUCAUCAUCUGACCCUAUGCCUGAUCAGUCAGUUGGUUGGGUGGAGCUAAUGGCUAACCUGGAGCGUUUGACUUCCCUUUUGACUCUUAAAAAGGUUGACCAAUCUAGUCUGACUUAUGUGAGAACAACAUGGGAUGCGGUCAAAGACAUACUGUUUGACAAGACUCUGGAGAGUGGCCUGUCGUACCUGCAAGUUGCAGAGGCAAUGACUGCACCCUCUGAUGACUGGAUCAGAUUCAAGCAAUUUUUGCGAUUCACAUCAUCUUCUUUGGACUUCAUCAGCAACAACAUUGAUCAUAUUAAUAAAAAUGCAAGCGUACGUCUGUCAGAUGUCCUGCCUGAUUCCAACAGAGUUUCAUCCCUUAUUAACAACGUUUUUGGGACUUCAAAUUCAGCAGAGGUGUUAACUGCAAGCAUCAACCCCGCCCUGUUUUACCAAUUUUCCCUGACUGACUCAUGGGACCUGAUCUGCAAAGGAAACUCUUUGCUGAGUACCUAUUUCAGCUUCCCUCAAGGAACGGAUGUGACUCGGAUCCAAGAGCACUUGUGCCAGGCGGUGGAGCAGAGGUCUUCCAGUUUCCUUGAGUUCCUGUCUCUGUUCAGAGCUGGUGACGUGCUGCUUCAACUUGACAUGCUAUUGAACAGCCAGUUCAACGAGAGCAGUCGCGUGUCAGUGUGGGAGGCGUUUCAUUCCUCAGUCUUGCGGCUCAUCGACAUGGGAGAACAGCUGCAGUAUGCUCAGAUGGACGAGGGUUCGGUCAUGACGUGGUUAACACCAGUGCUGAACACUCUCACCUCUUUACAAAGUGCAGAAAGCUCACAAGUGGUGACGUUGUGCAACUCAAUGAUCCUGUAUAUGAACAACACUCAAACGUUCCUGGAAGCCAGACCUUUGUUGGCCAGAAUCAUCACGGCCACAAAACUCCUAACAGAUCUGGUCCACUUAGUUCCAGAAAUGGAUGAACUGGUUUGUGCUUUGAUGAGUGGAAACAAAAUUGACAUUAUUGCAGCAGCAAAUUAUCUUGAUUCCCUUGGCAUCUUUGACAGCAUCACCGAGUUUGUCGAGGAGUUUGUCAACCCUCCGUCUACGCUGGACUGUUCAGCCCCACUGGAAACCAGCACUAGCUUGACCUGGCUUGUCAACCUCACAGCCACAGGCCAAGGUCUUGAUGUCAACAAACUGAUGCAGUGCACCGACCACAGUGAAGCCAAAUUCAGACAUCUUCUCUCUUCUUUCAGCGAGAGCAUGGACCUUAUCAAGGACCUGGUAACUGUGAUGCAAAUGCCUGCAUUGAGGAAAUUGUUGAAUGGUCCAGAUAUGGCUCCGUUCUUUGAGUUCAUCUUUGACUCAGUGCAAGAGAGUAACAACCAUAUGCUUCUAUACCUAAGACAGCUCUUCAGUGACCCAACACAAGCUGCAGAUUAUCUUCGUGAUAAACUGGGAUUUUCUCAAGAUAUGGUUGAUGCUUUUGUGAAUGCCACUGUCAACAGCAAUUGGGCUUAUCUGUUUGACCAGCCCACACAAACAUUGGUGGGAUUGAUGUGCAGCCCGGAUCAGCUGUCUAGUGUGCUGCAGCUGCCAAAAUAUGCUUCUGUCAACAUAAGUGAAGUCAGCCAACUGCUGUGUACUAGUGACAUUAUUGAUACUGUGGAAUUCAUGAAAAAUGUUUCACACAGUAAUUCAGAUAUUGCUGAAUUACUGUCAAAGAAUUCCAAGGAUGUAGCAGAACUGAUUAAGCGACUAACAAUGGAAGUGGUCACUAUGAUAGACAGUUUUCAGGAUAUCAUCCAGCUAACUUCAACAGUCUUCAGUGGUCUGGACAUCGACAGUUUAACGCAGAACUUGGAUGUGGUUGAUAAGAUCAUCGAGAACAAUGAUUUUGUAAGACUGGCACAAAGUCUGAGGAACAUAUUGGAUGACAUAAGGCAGUUGGUGCCCCAAGGCAUUGGUUACACCAUCGUUAAUGACAUUGAACGCAUCAUAGAUGGUAUCAUGGGUCUGGACAUCCUCCAAAAUGCAUUCUUAAAUGAAAUUAAAAUCAAAGACCUUGUCAAAGAUCCAGAUUACCUCAAGAAUUAUUUGAGCAACAGUGUUGGCCUUGAUGAAACAGAUGUGGACGCAAUAAUGGAUGGAAGAUUCAAACUCAAACUGCUGACUGAAGUGGAAGACAUGAAGGCAUACACUUGUGAUGAAGUCGUCGACAAACUCGUCAUUCUCAACAGCACAGAGGCGACUCUCAGGGAAAUCCGUGCCUCUUUCUGCUCCCUCAGUGAUGACCAGCUAGUGAACUUGCUAAAAGCUUUGACUCCAUAUUUGGACAUUGGUGAUUUGGUGACUAAAUAUGUGCAUCACAUGGAUACGGCUUUCUUUGAGUCGACCAACAUUACCAAAAGUGAACUGGAUGACAUGGUGGAGAAAAUUGAUAGGGGUCAAGUAGUACUUCGGACAGCCUCUGACAUCAUCAUGUCAGCUCCAAACGGGUCAUCAGUGUUGAAUGCGUUUUCAGUAGGCAGUACAAGUGCUCUCGUCAGCUUGGAGAACUUGACCCCGGCAAUGUGUGGACGGCAGGUGGAUGACAUCUUUGACAUGGACUAUGAUCCAGGAGUGAUAGUGUCCACCUCUGAAGAUCUUGAACAGGGGAUGGAAGGCGAUAUCAAUGACGACAUUGACGAUCUUCCAAAUGAGUUCUGUGUGCAGAUGUACAACACCAUCCGCCAGUCUUCUAUUGGCAGCAUCUUAUGGACAUACCUCAAGCCUGUUCUCCGUGGCAAGAUACUCUACACCCCGGACAAUGCUGCCACAAGAGCUAUCAUUGCAGAGGCAAAUACAACAUUCAAGGACAUGGCAGAAGUAUACCGUGUCGCAAAGCUGUGGGCAGAGGAGACACCAAAUUUGAUGGCUAUGGUUGAUGCUGCUGCUGGAGCUACAGAGUUGAAGGAAGCCUUAGAGAAUGAGUUUGUCCAAGGUCUUCUGGAGUCGACGGUUGGCGUUUCAGCUGACGCUCUCAUCUCUGGUGUUGAGGCUCUACAGGUCGACAACUUUGACCAGUCUCAGCUCAAGUCCCUCCAGAGUGCGGCCGAAGUGAUCGCCAACUACUCCUCCUGCAUUUCUCUAAGCAGGUUUGAGCCCGUGGCCUCAGAAAAAGAACUGGAGGUGGAAGCUUUCCGACUGAGCAAAAGCAAAACCUUCCUCGCAGGCGUUGUGUUCAUAAUGAAUGACGAUGACAAUGAUGGGAACUCGACACGCAGGAAAAGGCAAGCCAGUGGGGAAAUCCCCAAGCACAUCACUUACAAGAUCAGGAUGGACGUGGACAAUGUUAUGGACACCAACUCACUCAAAUCAAAGAUCUGGAAGAUGUCGGCAGAGGACAAUUUUAUAGAAGAUUUACGCUACUUGAGAGGGUUCAUGCACGUCCAAGACAUGCUUGACACGGCCAUCAUCAACGCACACAAGAAUCAAGCCUAUAGAACUCCUGGUAUCAGGCUCAAGCAAAUACCUUUCCCUUGCCAUCACCUUGACAAUUUCAUUUUCCUCCUGGGCUCGUAUUUGAUUCCUGUGAUGAUGACGUUUGUCUUCCUGGGGACCUUGGGAACAGCAACACACAACCUUGUCUAUGACCGGGAGAAUGGACAGGAAGAGACCCUCAAAGUGAUGGGCAUGAUGUCUGGAGUAAACUUCCUAGCCUGGCUACUGACCACCCUGUUUAUCAUGGCUGUGGUCAACGUGAUCCUGUCCAUCAUGCUGUACUACCUGGACAUCUUCAUCUACAGCAACCCUGUCUUUGUCUUUGUAUACCUCAUGGAGUUCUGUCUCAGCUCAGUCAUGUUGCUGUACAUGGUGUCUUCAUUUUUCAACCGCACGACGAUGGCCAUCUUGUUUGUCCUGAUGAUCUACCUGAUCUCUUACCUGCCCUAUAUCCUGGUCAUUGGCCUCGGAGUCACGAUGGAGUUCUGGCAGAAAGUUUUGGCUUGUCUGGCAUCGACAACAGCAUUUAGCUUUGGUUCCAUGACCUUAGCGUACCUGGAGGAGAGUGGCUCCGGAGUCCAGUGGGACAACAUUGACCAAGACGUAAUGCGGGACUUCAAUAUGUCCUUUGCUAUGGUCAUGAUGCUCAUUGACAGUGCCAUCUACUUCCUUGUCGGUUGGUACGUCCGCAACGUCAAACCAGGCAAGUUUGGCGUGUCCUGGCCGUGGUACUUCCCUGUGAUGCCGACGUACUGGAGCAGCUGCUUCAGAAGUAAGGGAAGUGGGGACUCCUCUAACGAAGCUACAGCUGAGACUCUAGGCAGCCUGUUUGAGCCAACACCACAAGACUUCUCCGUGGGGAUCGCCCUACAUGGAAUCAGUAAGAGCUACGGAGGCAAAAAGAAGGCCUUGAAGAACCUCAACAUCAACAUCUACAGAGGUCAGAUCACUUCACUCCUUGGGCAUAAUGGUGCUGCCAAAACAACCACUCUGAAAAUAAUUUGCGGAGUGAUGGAGCCAAGUUCAGGACGAGUCGUUGUGGAUGGCUCAGAGCCAGGCUGUUGCAAGCAGACGUUGGGCGUCUGUCCUCAGCAGAAUGCUCUCUUUGCCUACAUGACAGUAAUGCAGCACAUGAUGUUCUAUGCAGAAAUGAAGGGAUCUAACAAAAAGUCCUGGAAGACGAAAGAUGAAAUUGAAAGGCUUCUGAAGGAUGUUCACAUGUGGGUAAAUCGUAAUACACCUGUCCGUGACUUAUCAUAUGGCAUGAAGAGACGUCUCUGUGUUGCUUUGGCCUUUGUUGGUGGCUCACAGACAGUUGUGCUUGACGAGCCAACAAGUGGUGUUGACCCACACACGCGCAAGAAUAUCUGGAAUCUCAUCACCCGCAACAGAGAAGAUCGUACCAUCCUGCUCUCCACCCACCACUUGGAUGAGGCUGACAUCCUCAGUGACAGAAUCGCUGUGAUGCACACUGGCAAACUGCUCUGUUAUGGUUCUCCUGCCUUCUUGAAGCGAUCACUAGGAGGUGGAUUCAAACUGACUGUUGUGAAAAAGGAAUCAGACAAUUUUGAAAUUGCAGCUGCUGAAAAUUCAUCUGUAAGCAAGUCUGAAGCCAUCACCCGCUACAUUCAGUCUCUCAGCCCGGGAGCCAAGCUGGUGGAGCAGAUUGGACUUGAAAUGACCUUCAACCUACCAAAAGAUGAACAAUCCAUGACAGUUUCUUUCUACCAGUUCUUCAGACAGCUUGAUGAAUGCCAGCAAUCUCUUGGGAUAUCCAACUACGGACUUUCUGAUACCACGCUGGAAGAAGUCUUCCUAGAACUGACCCUGAAAGCAGAUGAUGCCGACGAACCGGGCAUUGUGAACCCUGUCAUGACAUCAAAAGACAGGACUACAGCACUGGAUGCUCAAGAUCUAAGAAUGGAAACAAACAAAGAGUUUCCAAAGGACAAAGUGCUGUUUGGCCCAGCUUUGAGAAUAGGCCAUUCUGGUCCCCAUCGGAACAAAAUGGGCUUUAUUCUAGAAGAUGAACAGGCCUCCUCCACUGACCUGAAGACCCGAAGUACCGGAGCGUCCCUCACAAUGCUGCAGGCAAAGGCAUUGUUUUUGAAGCGUUUCCACCACUACCGUCGCAACUGGCGUCUCUUCCUCACCUGCCUGCUCUUACCAUUGCUUGGCUUCCUCAUUGCCAUAGCCUUCUCCACAAUCCGGCCGGAUGAGAAUGAACUGGAAGCUCUUGUUCUGGACCCAGCAAUCUAUGGACCAAAGAUUUACAACUUUUUCCAGGACAAAGCUCACUCCCCAGAGUCUGAAAGAUACGUCACAACUUUGACAGAUAAGAACUUUGGUGUUGGAACCACUUGCUUGAUGGAAGCUGCUGAAAAAUAUCUGGAACAAUACGACCAGUGUGUAGCUGGCACCCCAUGGUACAACAACACAAUGGAAGUUUACUGGGAAGUCUGCCAAAAUGCUAGGCAGGUGUAUUCAUCCCUGGGCACAUACUUAAGUGUUCCUGAAAAGGUCAUCCCAUCUGACCAGUAUCUACAGGACUUGAAACUGGAAAUUGAACCUUAUAUCAUGUAUACAUUCAAGGAUUACAAGGACAAAAGGUUUGGAGGCUGGACAUUUGAGCAGAGUGCCAGCCCAGGAACACCUACUGUUGAUCCUUACGUGUGGUUCAACUCUAAGGGUUACCACACCAUGCCUUCCUACUUCAACUCCAUGAGCAACAUUGUGUUGCGUGCCCUACUGCCCAGUGGCAAAAAGCCCAAGGAGUAUGGCAUUACAGCAAUAAAUCAUCCUAUGAGAUUUGGCCGCCCUGCUCUCACGAUGAAAUCUUUACAAACUGAUGCUGCUGAUGCUGGAAUUGCUGUGCUGGUUGUUGUUGCCUUCAGCUUCAUCCCUGGUGGCUUCAUCCUUUACCUCAUCAAUGAGCGCACACAGAAACAACGUCAGCUCCAGAACAUCAGCGGGGUUGGAUUCUUCUGCUACUGGAUCGUCUCCUUCAUAUGGGAUAUGUUUGUGUACAGUAUUGCAGUUGGCUUGGCAGUGGUUAUCGUUUGCAUCUUCCAAAUGGAUUCGUACUAUCUAAAGGACAAUCUAGCAGCCUUUGCAGUCAUUCUGCUUUUGUUUGGCUGGUCCAUCAUCCCAUGCACAUACUGCGUGGUGAGACUGUUCUCCAGGGGAAGCACAGCCUAUCUGGUGACCUUCUGCUGCAAUUUGUUCAUCGCGCUCAUCUCUGUCAUUUCCCUGCUGGUCAUGCAGCUGUUCCGUGACUCAAACUCUGUGUGGCAAGCGUACAAGGUGUGCAAGUACCUGUACCUGAUAUUCCCCCAGUACUGCCUGGGUCAGGGACUCAUGGACAUGGUGUCCAGUAUGUUCUUUUACAAACUCUUCCUCAGGUUUGAGGCGGACCGAUACACCAGUCCUUUCUCUCUUGAAGUGAUUGGCUGGCAUCUCAUUGCUCUCGCUAUCCAAGGUGCGGUCUUCUUCAUUGCAGCAAUGGUGAUUGAUGCAAUAACAAGUCCAGCUCUCAGCCUGAACGACAAGCUGUUAAGCAAGUACGAGAUGGAUGAUGCAGAUGUGGCCAGAGAGCGAGAACGUGUCUUACAUGGCUCGAAUAAUGAUGUCCUGGUGGUGGACAGUCUGUCAAAGGUGUACAGGAGAGGUUUCAAGAAGUUCUUGGCUGUGAACAACAUCAGCUUUGGAGUACCAGAAGGCGAGUGCUUUGGUUUGUUGGGUGUGAACGGAGCAGGAAAAACUACAACCUUCCGAAUGUUGACAGGUGACAUCAGAGCUGCUGGGGGAACUGCUAUCCUCAAAGGAAAAACAAUCUCCACAAAAGACCAAAACUUUGGCCAAGACGUUGGCUACUGCCCCCAGGAGGGAGGUUUGGACGAUUACCUGACUGCUGAGGAGAUGCUUCAUUUCCACGCCCGCCUCCGAGGCUUCAGUCCUGAACAAAGUGAAAUUCUUGUGCCUGACCUGAUCGAACGGUUACAGCUGACAGCCUACACCAAGAAAGCUGUGCACACGUACAGCGGCGGAACUAAACGCAAACUGGCUCUUGCUGUCGCGUUGCUUGGCAACCCUCAGAUUUUAUAUCUGGAUGAACCAACAACUGGCAUGGAUGCUGCCACAAGGAGACUAGCAUGGGCGGCCAUCUUGCAAGCCAAUCAGAGAGGCCAGUCUGUUGUCCUCACCUCUCACAGUAUGGAUGAGUGUGACGCCCUUUGCUCAAAGAUUGCCAUCAUGGUCAAUGGCAAUAUCAAGUGCAUUGGCAGCCCACAGCACCUCAAGCACAGGUUUGGAGAUGGGUACACUGUGAUCAUUCAUGUUUCUGACCCGACCAGCCACGAUAUCUCCAAUUUCUUCCAGCAGAAGUUUCCAGGGUCAGUCGUCAAGGCUGCACAUCACAACAGUGUGGAGCUGCGCGUGCCCCAGAACUCGGCUAAGGUGGCAGAUAUCAUAGCUCUGCUCCAAUCAUCGCAGCGAGAUGGGGUCAUUGAGUACUACUCUUUGUCUCAGACAACCCUUGACUCUGUAUUCAUCAGUUUUGCUCAGGAGCAGCGAGACAGUUACAGCGGCAGUUCAUCAAGCAGUGCCAGCACAGACGGUCGCUCAGACACUCCACAUGGAAGUAUUUCGUCGUCCUCUUCACCACCUUCCUCAGACAUUCCCAAAUCCAAGGAAUUGCCUGUAUUCAUUAACCCUCAAUUUGUUCCUGACGAGCCACAGUCCCAGCCACAGCCCCAACCACAUGCGCCUCAACAAAUCUUAUAUAAUCCACAGGCGGGAAACUACUCAUCAAACAUAAUUAUUGGUAGUAGACAAAACACUGAUGCCCCAGAUCAUAUUCAGACUCGGUUAUGAUUUGUCUCAAUGUUGAACAAGUUAAAGUGAUUCCUGUUGGACACAUUGUUUUAUGAAACCAACCAGUGCUUAAGACAUAAAACAAUGCCACUGGUAUGAUGCACAAAAGCGAAAGGAUAAAAUAUAUUUCCUGUCCAAAUUUCGAUGUUGCAAAGGUACACAACAAAAGGUUAUCCUUUGAAAUAAUGUUCCUGUUACUGUUAGUAAAUGACACUAAAUAGGUAGUCUCACAAUCAUUUUCUGGAAACAUUAAGAGAUAAAUGUAUUUUAAAUUUAGCCCUGAGGUUUAGUAAAAUUGAAAGCUGAGAAUUUAAGAUUUUUCACUCACAAUAAGGGGGACUAUAAGUAUUAUGGAAAUAUUAUUUUGAAAUUCAAGUUUUCACUCUUUAUCUAAAGUAGUAUUCACUUUUAUCUGACCUUUGUAUGAAUCUGAAGUUUGAUCCAGUCCUCAGAUAAAAUUUGAUUUUCUAAACCGACUUGUCAGGAGACAUUUCUAGGCAAAUCUUUUGCACAAUGUUCUACACAAUUCAAAGCAAAGCUCUAUAAAUUGCUCUAAAAUGCUGCCAAUUUUUUUUGUAUGUUAGCAAUGUUGACAAAGCUCUCUUAAAACUAUGUUGGCCUUUCAAAACUUACUUAAAGACCAUCCAGUAUUUGAUCUAUACUCUCUAUAUUGCAUUCAAGUUGUAAUCAUGAUCAUGUGAGUUUCUUGUAGCAAUGACAAAGUGUCCUUAACAUGUAUUAUACUAUACUCCGCCUCCUUCCAGGGCCUUUAAAAUUAUAAAUUCACUAAGCUUUUACUACUUAAUUAAGAUCUUUUAAUUGAAAGUGGAUGAAUAUUUGUCUUGCAGGGUGACUUAUGUCUGAAAUGUCAAGGAAGAAAAAGAUGUCACUUUUUAGUUUUAUUAAGAAUUCACACAGCCUGGAAAUACACAUAUAGCUGAAAAAUUUGAAGAAGUUGCAACAUUUUGAAAAAGUCAACUGAUCUUUUCUAAAAUCUUUUUUGCCCUUGGUUGACAGAUUUACGUUGAAAACCUAACAAAAUGCAGAAGGAAAGUAAAUCCAAAGGCAAGUGUAGAGUGAUCAUUAUAAUCAUAAUGAGCUAUUGAUAAGGCACCUUCAGAAACACAUAUAUUGCCUUCAUUCGUUUGUGUGGAAACUAUAUACUUCUUUCAAAAUAUGUUGUACAUACAUUACCAUUGCCCAGUAACCAGUAAUUUAAAAAUAUACUUUUUUUAAAUUGUUGUCCAUAUUGUGAAAUGAAUAUAUAUCAAGUUGGGUUGUGCCUUUAAAUCUAUCUGAAUUAUUAUUACUAUGACAGACAGACAACACGUCAACUGAUAUUACCAGUUUUCUGUUUUGAAAUUUCGUUUUAACAAUAUAUUGACUAUACUGUACAUUUUGUAACUCUUCAGUAGCUUUAAAAUUUCAGAAAGCAUAAAUGUCCCAACAAAAUUUCUGAAAAAUUCAUAGCUGUUCUGGUGGUGAUUUUAUGCUUGUAACGAAAAAGAAAUGAACGUUAUUGUAAUCUUUAAAUCACCCCAACAAAAUUAAUCCUGAUAAAAUUAUCCACAUGACUCUCUUUUGUCAGUGAUGCCUUGACGAGUUUUCAUCCUCAUCCAUAUCUCUGCAUUACUGGUGCUGAUUUUCACUACAUUGGAAAAAAAAACAUGAAAUAACUUAGUAGACACUUAACAUGUAGCAUAUUAUUAUUAACAUAGGCUUUUUGCCCAACAUGACAAAUAUGUUUAUUAAUGCCAUUGUCAUACUUUUGUUUUUCCGAAUGAAUCGCUGAGCGAUGAAAUGCACCGUAGAGCGAUGCGACUUUGGUUUUUUGUUGUUGGUUGUCCCCAAUCCCUUCACCCACAUCGCAGCCUUGUGCUUCUAAACAUUGCGUUUCUUUGCUUUCAUGUACACAGUGCUAUAGUUGCUGUCAAGACAAUGUACUUCUUGUUGCUGCUCAGUAACGAUCAAUGCAAGCUCAGUGGCUUCAGGUAGCCCUGGCCUCCCUCACAACCAAUGGUUUUACUCUAUAAUAUAUAUAUACCAAUACAUAAUUUAUAGAGUUGUGAACAACAAGGUGAUGACAGUUUUUCACUUGUACAGAAUUUAUAUUUCUAUAAUAAAGAAGUUUGAGCAAAUAUUA